UUAUGAUAAUGUGGGCGUGGGCUGUUGUGGCUCUGUUAUCAACCUUUGCAUUUUACAGUGGAGUUUUAUAGCUUCUUGCUCUCCUUUGUGCAACUGCGAUUGUGAAUUAAAGUAGCACUACUAAAGGACAAGCGCACAUGGCAGCUAUCACAAUAUCGGACCAUUCACCAUUGCAAGUCACUAAGACUAUUUGCGAUGCUCUCUGGGGCAACCAGUUGAGCUUCCACCCAUUUAACCGAGGUGAUGCCCCGGUGGAGUUCACUUCGUUAUGGCCGACCAAAGCAGCUACCCUGGUGGAGACCUACGCUCAUGCUAACAUUGAGCAGGCUCCUUACGAGCUCUGCAAGUUGCUCGUGACAACCAACAGUGCUCAGAGUUUAGACGCCUUACUGGAGGAGAGGAUCUUGCAAGUAAAUCAGACGUUCAAUUCUGGCCUCGUUACGUUGGCCCACCUGGCCUGUGUCGUGGGCAUGAGGGAUGUGCUUAAAGUUCUCGUUAAACGUUCCCAGUCCAACAAUGGCGUGUGGUCACUCAAGGAUGAGGACGACCACUCCCCCACUGAGGUGUGUGUAAGCUUCCACCAUGAGCUGAAGCACCUCCUGCCUGGUCGCUCGUCCAUCUUCCACAAGCUCAGGAAGAUUUCUCAGGGUUUACCAUUGAGGUCUGAGCACAGGGACAAGAUAUUCGAACUAGCCCGUAGUCCUGACAACUUCUACCAGGUUCUCAUGCAUUUGAAGAUGUACUCUUUUGACGUGAAUCGUGUAAAGAACAGUGAUGGUGACCUGCUCAUCCACGUGGCCGUCAAGGGAGGUCUGCCACAGCUUCCUCUACUAUUCACUUUGGUGAGGGGCUUCAAAGCCAGUGUCACUAUGACUGAUGGCUCUGGGCACACCCCCCUUACCCUCGCUAGUAAGAGGGGAGAGAUGAGAAUCGCUGAGAUUCUGAUUUGUGUGUUUGGUGUUGACAUAAAUGCCCCCACGGCCAGUAACGGGAAGACUCCACUCCACUGGGCAGUCGAGUACAGCCACCCCUCUUUAGUCAGCAUGCUGCUUCGUCGAGGGGCAGACUCCAGCCGCGAGGAUUUGAACAGGUGUGUCCCGUCGUUUGUGGCACGUCGUCUCCGCUAUCACGAGUGUCGUCAGAUCAUCACUCAGUUCCAGAUGGAGCGUGUCUCUAGACUAGCCAGAGAGGCCGAGGAUGGCACUCUGGAUGUGAGCCGGCUGUACAUCUCUGACUCGUGCAUUGUAACACGCUCUGGGUGCACUCUACUCAUGCUAGCCACACUCAACAACAGAGAGGACACUGUGAGUCAGCUGGUCACCAUGGAGAUGUGCCCUCUGGACUUCAAGCAAAUGAAGUCAUGUGACAUCUUCGAUUCAUCGUUGGAUGACUCUAUCUCUAGUCAGGUGAUGGAGAUCACACCGGACGCUGACUAUUCCCUCAAGACAGCUGUACACAUGGCAGCUGAGGGUGGCUUCUCUGGCUGCUUGCUGGCACUACUAGAAGCUGGAGCUCAGCCAGCUAUACCUGAUGCGUCCUCAUGGCUGCCCCUGCACUAUGCCACUGACCGUGGGCAUAUUGACUGUGUCUCCACUAUUCUCAACUUCCCUAACCAGCUGGGACUCUGUGGACUCAGGCCGGCUGCCGAUAUCGCCCGUGGCAACGGAUACGAGCAGAUUUUGGAGCUACUGGAGAAAGCUAUACGAAUACGUCAGACUGACCUAGUGGCCCCGCUGUUGUUCGAUGUAGCGCUAUCAGGAACCAACGAAACACUCUUUGCCACGCUCGAGAACGGAGAUGAUGUCAACCCAACCAACGAGCUACACGAUUGGCCGCUCAUUCUAGCAGCUGGCUCUGGUCAUCUGGAGCUUGUACAACAACUGCAUGAAUUUGGAGGUCAUGUGACUCGUAGACACACCCUCUCUCGUUGCACACCUCUCCACGUGGCUGCCCGCGGAGGUCACAUGGGCGUUGUCAGGUAUCUUCUCCGGUUUUGCCUCAAGGGAAACGGAACUUGUCCUCCGUCUAAUUUUCCCUCUGGUGCAGCUGGCACUGAGAACCACCCUCCACACUUGUACGUCAACGACAGGAACACUGCCGGUUGCACUCCACUGGAGCUGGCCGUAUCACAGGGCCACCUCGAUGUCGUCAAGAUCCUACUGGAGCACGGAGCCAGCACCACCCUCCCUGACAGUAAUGGCUGCCAGAUUAACUGCCCCUCGUUUGCGGGGACUCAGUUCCUCAUGGAGACACAUCGCAAGGAGAAGAAAAGAAAGAUCAUGGCUUGCCUCAACCCUAAAGCAUCCAUCAAGGACAUUCAGAUAGUCUGGGAGAGCCCGAGUGACUUCAAUCUGAACCAGAGGACAGAGGACAGCUUCAUCAUGAUGGCUGCCUCAUCUGCCAGGCCUGAUGUUCUCCAGUUCUUUAUUGACGAGGCUAUCAAGUGUCGACGCAGCAUGCUCAUCUCACCGGGGCAGCCCCUGCAAUCAACAAGAAUGUAUAACAGUGCCUCUGGGGAGGACUCUUCCCCCGAUUUCCGUGAAAACUCACUUCCAACCAACUUCAAGUUACAGCCAAACGAUCACGCCCACCCACACACUGCCCUCCCAGCUCCGUACAGUCACAAGAAGGGUGCAGAGGUCACUGUAACGUCUCUAGGCCCCACCCCCUUUACAGCCCUCCCGUCUCCACGCAGUCGCGACCCUCACAAGGGUGCAGAGGUCACUAUUACGUCUCUAGGCCCCGCCCUCUCGUCUCCCAGUCAGGACCGUCACAAUAAGGGUGCGGAGGUCACUGUGACAUCAUUGGGGCCGAUGGUUCUCCGUGGGUGUGAUGUGGAGAGUGACCCGUGUGAGGGUAGUGGAAGUCGUGGGGGUGGUGGGGACCAGCUGUUGUUGGAGAGUCGCACUGCGUUACCACAAGUGUUCAGGACACAGCUGCCCAACACUCGCGAACAAUGUGCUAGCGAUCGAGGAUCAUCUCGUCGUAGCGGGCCCCCCAAGAAGCCCCCUCGAUCGAGGCAGAGGACAGCAGCUGAUAUGCCCCCCCGAGCCGUUGGUCUCCUCAGGAGAAAGGCGGGGUCAGGGGGGAGCAGUGCCACGCCCCUUUCUGAAGAUGACGAACCUGUCCGUCGAAAACAUCCCAGCAUCAGUGAGGGGGCACGGCCUGUUGCUAAUGGAUACAGAGGCGGAGUCAGUAGUGAGGCUGAAAGUGGAGCUGAGACCAAAGGAAGAGAAUUUGCUAGGUUGCUCCACUUUGCCAAUCCGGUUGACGGCUGCACUGCUCUUCAUCGAGCUGCCGAGGCCUGUCGCCAUGACAAUAUCACGGUACUACUGCGAGCUGACGAGGAGCUAGCUAACAUGACGGAUGUUGUGGGGAACACAGCUCUCCACCUGGCCUGCCUCAAGGCACACAAGCAGACUGUCAAGGCACUCCUGGGUUUCAAGUGUGUUAGUACCGUUGUUCGUAACAGUGGCAAGGAGCUCCCAGAAGAGAGAUGCAUGCGCAGAGAUGUCCGGAAAAUGGUGGCUAAAGCUAGACAAGCUCAACAUGGGGACAACAUUCCUAGCUCACCCAAGCAACGACUGGGGAUGGCCUCAGUGGGUGUAGCCGACAACGGAGCCUCAAGAUUAUCAGACAUUCACGAAGCCUCGGCUCCUACAUCGCCUUACGAGGAGAACAAUUUUGAAGUCCAAUUUGAGACAUUGAAAGAGGAAUAUGACAAAAAACACGACGCUGCCUUAACAAGCAGUAAAACUGACUAAUUAUUUGGUGUGUUCUUUCAGUGGUUUUUAUAAACUGUUUCUUUCUUGUCUGAUCUGCUAUGUUAUGUAUAAUUAUAUGUAACUCAUUUAUAUUGUAUGCAAACUUUCGUAUUCUCCAAUUGUCCAUAAAAUGUAUAUAUUCACUGC